GGUACCUGAAAUAAAAUAUGGUUUCCAGUAAUAUUUACCAUAUUAUAAAGAACGAAGCUAUGAAAAUACCGAAGUAUGAAUGGCAAAAUAUUUUAAUCUGUUACUAUAUGAAAGUCAACAAACCAAACCAAUUUCAGUGCACCUAAAAUUCCCAUUUUCACAGUGCACCAAUUUCUCACAAUAUGUGUGGAAUUAUAGUUGAUUAAGCACUAAGAAAAGACAAAUGGAGACGGAUUUUGUGGAUAUACAGUUGGGUGACGAUGUCGUUGACGACGGAGACGUCGAAGAUGAAGACGAAGGUCAAGAAUUCGAAGGUGUGAAUGAGGAGGUUGUUAGGGUUUUACGAGAAGCCCUCCACGAUGAUAGGGUUGUGGAAAGAGUUGACCUCUCCGGCCGCCACCUCAAAUUUCUGCCUGAGCCCUUUGGCAAGAUUCAUGCACUCCUCCUUCUCGAUGUCUCCCACAAUCAACUCCAGAUUAUUCCCGACUCGAUUUCAGGACUACAGAAAUUGGAAGAGCUCAAUGUGUCGUCCAAUCUUCUAGAAACCUUGCCAGAUGCCAUUGGCUUGUUGGUGAAUCUAAAGGUCUUGAAUGUUUCUAGUAAUAAAUUAAAGAAACUCCCUGAAAGCCUUGCUGGUUGCAGGUCUUUGAUUGAGCUGGAUGCAGGCUUCAAUGACUUAAUGUUUUUGCCUAAAAACAUUGGUUAUGGGUUGGUGAAUCUUCAAAAACUCUCUCUUCAUCUGAACAAGCUAAAAGCUUUUCCAAAUUCUAUUUGUGAAAUGAGAUCAUUGAAAAUUUUGGAUGCUCAUUUCAAUUCACUCCAUAGUCUACCGCAUGCCAUUGGGAGACUGACAAAACUGGAGGUCUUGAAUGUGAGCAGCAAUUUUACCGAUUUAGUUCAAGUGCCUGAAUCAAUUGGUGAUUUGAUAAAUCUGAGAGAGCUUGAUCUUAGCAACAACCAAAUUCGUGCUAUUCCCGAGAGUAUUUAUCAGCUUGAGCGUCUAAGUAAGCUUAACCUAGACCAAAAUCCACUUGUAAUUCCUCCAAUAGAUGUAGUGAACAGAGGGCUUCAAGCUAUCAAGGAAUACAUGAUGAAGAGACGGCUCAAUCUUUUGGAAGCCGAGCAGCAACGAAGCUCGUCUGGGAAAAAUGAGGCGGCUGCUGAGACCGGAUGGAUGGCUUGGGGCUCAUCCAUGUUACACAAUGUUUACUCAGGAGGAAACACCCAAAGCGAUCCAUUUUGGGAUCAGCAGCUGUAAGUGGCAUAUAUGCUUCAUUUUUGUGGUUAUACCAAGUUGAAGUUUGUAUUGACUAUGAGCUAUAUUCUGUGUUUUGUUGGAUAAAUAAUGCUCAAUAAGGAACCCAUUCUUGUACAUUCCUUUGUAAUAACCACAGCAUUGUUUUUUGACAGCUUCUACUUCUCAUUCCAGAUUGAGUUUCAAAA